GUCGCCGCUUCUCCCACACCCCUUCGGCUACUACGACUCCCCUGCUUCCAAUCGACUCGCUCGGGUUUCAACCGCUUUCCCUCUUCCCAAUGGAACGAGACGGCUGGACGGUGCUCGAUGCGCUCGGCGCUCGCCCUCUCCCACCUCUGACGGAACGAUGCCCUGGGCUCCUUCUCCGACCGCUCGACCCUCUCGACGCUCUUCUCCCAGCGCCUGUCUCCUAGCAGAGGGACCGGAAGUGGUUCGGGGAGGGGGGCUCGGUCCCUCCUCAGGUGAAGGCGCUGCUGAUGGAGCCGCCGUUGCGGAGCCAUUGAGCCCCCCUCCAGCGCCCCCCACCCCCCUCCCAGUGACUGGGCCGGGGGGGCCCUCCCCAUAGUAAAGCAGCUGGGUUGGAGCCCCCCCUUUCAGAGUGUCUUAAAGAUGGAUAUAGAGGACUGCAAUGGGCGUUCUUACAUAUCCGGAAUCUCUUCUUCCUGGAAGGUGAGUGGCUGAGUUCACCCUACUGCCGAGAUGCAGCCACACACACUCACAGUCUGUAUUCCAGUGCUGUUUCCAAGGAGUUGGCUGUGAUAGCACUCCAGGGUAUCUUCAGCAAGGUAGAAUAAUGUAGUGGGGAUUCUUCUUUGGAAAAGGAGUUCACCUCCACAAUCGUGGGGCCCACAGUGAGCACGCCAAACAGCCAACACUCCUCCCCAAUCCGCUCCCUUAGCGGUGAGUACAUGACCUACCUGCUCCAGAUACCUUCAGCAAAUUCUAUCAAGGUGGAAAUGUACAGUGAUGAAGAAGCAAGCAGGCUGCUGUCGCAGGACGACCGGCUCAUUGAAAAAGAUGACAGCGUGAUUGUGGAAGAUUCUCUCUCUGAGCCUCUUGGCUAUUGUGAUGGGUCGGGGCAGGAACCACACUCUCCUGGUGGCAUCCGGCUACCCAAUGGCAAGCUAAAAUGUGACAUCUGUGGGAUGGUGUGCAUUGGCCCAAAUGUGCUGAUGGUGCACAAACGCAGCCACACUGGUGAGAGGCCAUUCCAUUGCAAUCAGUGUGGUGCCUCCUUCACCCAAAAAGGUAACCUCCUGCGCCACAUCAAGCUUCACUCGGGUGAGAAGCCCUUCAAAUGUCCAUUCUGCAACUAUGCCUGCCGGAGAAGAGAUGCACUCACUGGCCACCUCCGCACACACUCAGUCUCCUCCCCCACGGUUGGCAAGCCCUACAAAUGUAACUAUUGCGGCCGCAGCUACAAGCAGCAAAGCACGUUGGAAGAGCACAAAGAACGCUGUCACAACUACCUGCAGAGUCUUAACACUGAACCACAGUCGCUGGCUGGCCAGCAAGGUGACGAGAUGCGAGACUUGGAGAUGGUGCCAGACUCCAUGCUUCACUCCUCAGCCGACCGGCCUGCCUUCAUUGACCGACUGGCAAAUAGCAUCACCAAACGAAAACGCUCCACACCUCAGAAAUUCGUGGGAGAGAAGCAGAUGCGGUUUGGCCUCUCUGAAGUGGCAUUUGAUGUCAACUCCAGCUUUGAAAAGGACGUGGAGAUGGUGUCUGCCCACCACCCCAUGGACCCUGGCUUUGGUGGUUCGCUGUCAUUUGUGGGGGCAGAACACUUGCGCCCCCUCAGGCUCCCGCCCACAAACUGCAUCUCUGAGAUCACGCCUGUUAUCAGUUCUGUCUACACUCAAAUCCAGCCCUUGCCAGGUCGGCUGGAAAUAGCAGGAAGCCGAGAAACUGCUGAAGGCCAUGAGGACCUCCCCGACGGGACGCAGAUCGUGUACCGGGCAUCGCGGGAGCCAAGCAUGGUAUCACCUAGCAAUGGCUGCCAAGAUUCCACAGACACUGAGAGCAUCCAUGAGGAGAGGAGCUCACAGCAGCCGCUGCUGCCGGGCAUUGGGAACUGCACCAGCAGCCGGCAGAGUCCGGCCUACGCCAAAGAGGACCUGAAACUACAGGAGGGCAUCAUCCCCACCACUACUCGGUCAACUCCUAGCUCAGCCAAAGAAGCCCUGCGUGUGGUGAAUGAUGAAGGGGAACAGGUAAAAGCCUUCAAAUGCGAGCACUGCCGGAUCUUGUUCCUGGACCACGUCAUGUUCACCAUCCACAUGGGCUGUCAUGGCUUCAGAGACCCUUUUGAAUGCAACAUCUGUGGCUAUCACAGCCAAGACCGGUACGAGUUCUCCUCUCACAUAGUGCGAGGAGAGCAUAAAGUAGGCUAACCCCAAAUUCUCUUCCCUGUUGUCCCUCUUCCUUAGAAAUCUCCCUCCCCGUCUCUAGUGCUCCAUCCUAGUUGGGUAUGGAACUGUUUUGUUUCUUUUAUAACUCCUUUGCACUGACUUUGGCUAAAAAAGAGAAAUAUUAAAAAAAAAAACUAACUAAAAUCCAUCAAACUUGAGACGGGGAGGAGCUCAUAUUGAUUUGCCUUUUUCUAUGCUGUGUUAUUUAAAUAUUGUUAACUGAUUCUAAGAGUUGUUCCUUUUAAUUCUCUCCCCUGUUGUAGUUAUUUAUUAAUCUUUAUUUUGUUUGUAACCCUUUUCCCUUAAAGUCAUUUUGCCAGGGACUUUCUCCACUGAGGGACGCGUGAGCCUCUGCAAAGUCUUUGUGUCUUUUGAGGUCUAAGUCUCUUCUUCCUCCUCCAUUUAAAGUUUGUUUGGGCUAUGUUUGGUUUCAGUUCAGGUGUCUCAGUCAAUCCAUCAUGUUAAGACAUCAAGAACCUCAGAUCAGGUGCUAAACUAUUAAAGAACUUCCCCCCACCAUUUGAGGGGUAGGAAAGCAGCAACUUGUGCUAGCUCAAGUUGAUGUCAGGAUGAACCAGAUAUGCCCUCUUUUCUGGGUGCUUGUGUGUCCUGCUAGGAAUUCUGUGAUCCCCCCCACAAUCACCAUUUGAGGGGCUCAGAAGCUGCAACUUGUGCUAGCCCAAGGUGAUUUCAGGAUGAACCACAUAUGCCCUCUUUUCUGGGUGUUUGUGCAUCCUGCUAGGAAUUCUGCGAUCCCAAUAACUCAAUACCUCUGUGCUUCUGCUUACGACAGCUUGUAACUGAAAUGUGCUAUCUUCCUCUAUUGGGGCAUUGAAGGUGUAUGGCAGAUUUGUAACCAGUAAAGAUGAAGGAGCUGCGGUGCCACCUAAGUUGAAGGAAGGUGGUGAGCAUUUUGUAUGUGAAAUCUGCCAGGGUGCUGCCUUUACGUACUCAAAUCAAGAACUAGUGUUCAGAAAGCAAAUGCUGUUCCCAGGAUGCAAUAAAGGAACUUUAGCAUCUUCUCGGUAAGACUGUGUUCUGCUUCCCAGCUAUUAGGAAUUUGGGAUGCUGCCCUGCCCAAGCUCAUGCUUCUCUCCAUUAGUGUUAUUGAAAGCUAACCUUCUCUGAGCUUCCUUCUGUUGGCUCUAAAAAAGCCAUUCUUGCUAGAAUUCUUAGAAGGUGCAAGUCUCCCCCAUUGGAGCAGCUUUCCACUUGACUGCUUUCCAAAAGCAUGCAGCUUCCUUUAGGAUGAAUAAACAAGCGUGACCCUGUUGUCCAGGAUGUAAUCCCAAAGAGACAUCUCUGAGGAAUUUUCAGUUGGAGGGAGGAAAGAUGCUAGCUACGGUCUCUGUGGGAUUAACCCAACAGCCUCCCUAGUAGCAAGUAGAACUAGGACAGUCCUCCAGAGGUGGGAAUAUGAGCCCUGCUUCUUCCUCUUAUACCUGUACCUGGUUUUAUCUCUGUAUGUAGUCAGUUUCCCCAGAAUUGUUUUCCACUGAGCGGCUUGGGCUUUGACUACAUAGCUUCCCCCCACCACAGUGAAUGUGACUGCCUCUGUCUGCUGUGACUCUUCAGAUAGUCUGUAAGCCUUGUUGAUCUGUAGUCAGGAAGCAACUCUUUUUUUUUUUACCCACUUGUGAGAUCACAGCCAGAAGACUUGCAUCUGUGGCAAAGCAGAUUGAUCAUUUACAACCAGGAGUGUAUGCUUUACAAUAUCACCUAACUUCUUUUAAGAAGAAUCUCUCCACCCUGGAUUAGAGAGGUGAAUCUCUUUUUAGGCCGGUUUGCUUCAACAGCCUAGAAAGAGUGGCAGAGAACAGCUGUCCCAGUUUCCUUAUAGGACAUAUUGUGGGAAGGGCAGCCAGCUUGCCUUGAUGCGGUUUCAGUAGGGAACUCUUGCCCUGCUCUGUGUAUUCAGUGUCUUAAAGCCGCAGUAAAGGGCUGAAACUUCCAUUCCGUAGCUUGGUUGAAGAUGACUCUUGUUAGUGGACUGCAAAGGAAGUUGGUAACUUCACUUGUCAGGUUUAUGCAGUCAUUCCUAUCAGCCAAGACACACCAACUGCAUAUUUCCAAAAGCUGUGGUUCCGCCCCCCCCCCCCCCUUGGUAGUGCAAUUUAAAAAACAACAACACAGAAAUCCUGCUGGUACUUUCUCUUAAGAGUAUAGUAGUAUUUGCCAAAUACGUUAUGGCAAAAUAACUUGGGAGUUUUGCCUUUCUCCAAGGAUUGGUCAACUGUCUCAGAGCCUGACUCUUCUUGGCUCUGGAAAGCGGGAGAUAAGCUGCCUCUCUGAUCUUAGUUGGGCAGAGACCAGGACAAGGAGGCUCUUGAUUUUUACACAAAUGCCCGUAAUGCAUAAAAAUAACUUGCUCAACAGCAACCCAGUAAACUGUUUCCUUGUGGGAUAAACCAAAGGCUGUUCUUUUUUCUACAAAAGAAAGAAAGAAAACCUCAAGUUAGAACACUUUGUUUGUUCCCUUUUAUUGUUUUGAGAUGUGGAACAGUGAUGUUUUAGAGUUUGUUUGUUUUUUUAAAGGCCAGGCAAAGGUGCUUAGGUGGAAAGGUCUUGUCAGAUGGGACAUUUAGGAGAAGUAUUCAAGGCACUGAGGGGGGUGGGGUGCCUUUCUUUAAAUAGUUGCCCACUAUUACCACACUUUAGAGGUAGGAGCUCUUAGCCAUUCUGGUACAAAACUGCCUCCCCCCAGUUCUCUUUUUCUUGAUUUUAGCAUAUGCAUGGGAUCCUUAUAGGCUCUGAAGGCCUUUUGAAUUGGUCCAGCAAUGUGUAGUGUAGCUUCAGCAGAUGAUGGGAGGAUGGGAUGUUACAAUCCUUGUCAUUCUGAUUACCACUGUGCGAUACAAAUGAAUUACACUGGGAGACUUUGCCAAAUUGCUAAGGGGGCAGCAUAGACAUCCAAUUCUUGUCUUUCAGUGACGGCUAAACUUCUAAAUCCCUGAAGUUCUCCAGGCCCAAAGGAUUUUUUUUAAAAGCACUUGCCUUUCCUGUUGAUGUCCCUAUAAAAUAUUCAGCACUUCUUAUGACUGUUGCAGCUAAAGAGUCUGCUCACAUGAUCUGCUUUUCCCCAAAAACAAUUUCCAUGAUUUAGAUGCUCAUUAAAAUGUGCUGUGCAAAUUAUUUGGCAAAAGGAAUAGGCCACUGGCAGCUGAAAGAAUAUUGGUUCUGGGAAUUCUUUGGGGAGAGAAGGGAGGCUUCUCCUAGUGACUGGCAGACAAGAUUGUGUGAACGUCCUUAGACUCCGUACUUUAGAAUGGUUUUUUGACCUGGUUAUUCUAAAGGGGUUUGGAUUUGUCCACUGCAGAUCAUGCAACAUGAAGGUUUAAUUCAGAUUCUCACAAGUAGUUUGGUGACAGAAUUGUGUAAUGAAUGAACUAGAGAUGAUGUUCAAGAUGUUCCAUUUGUGUCCCCAGAAAUCUGAGAGAGCAAAUCUAUUAAGUUGCUUCCCAUGUUGCUCCAAAAGACAUGGGUGGGCUCUCAGGAAGACUUCUCUAAAGACAUGUAAGAACAUCAGAAAUCUAAUUCUUACUAUUAUGAUUACUUGUAAUAACCUCAACGCUGAUUUCCAACAUGCUGCUUGCCAAAUAAUGUCUUUGGCCCGCCCUAUGAGUGACCAUCAUUUUUUUAAAUGCAACUUCAGAGAACAGCUAUUCAGGGGGCAGCUCUAAAGACAGGACUUUACAUUGCACUUUGAGCCUGUUUGUAGAGUUUCCCCUAGAAAAGUUGCAGGGUUGCACCAGCACUGUGAUGUGAAUGCCCACAGAGGCCAAAUGCCACAGUGGAACUGGAUCUCUAGAAGAUGCAUAUCUUCAUAUCCAACCAGACCUAUGUUUUAUUACAUAUGGAAGCAGCCCACAGAAAAGCUGUUGUAUACAGAGUGACUCUAUGCCUAGAGAGAAAAUGCAGAUACUCCCAGUAUAUCACAAGCAGAUCUUCCUGUCAAACCUCAAUUUUUCUUUAGGCUCAUGCGACUGUAUGGACUCCUAGUCAUGUCACUUAUGCUGUGGCUGUGAGAUCCUUGACCCAGUAUGAAUAAAACCAAGAGGAUAUUCUUUUUCUGUAAUACCAGAGCAAAAGAAAAAGGGGCAUUGAUGAAAUCCUUCAGCCAAACUUAAGAACUGUCCAGUCUUGCAAGGAAGAGGUGUGAUUUUCUGCCUAGGCAAAAAAAAAAAAAGAGCUCAUUAACUCUGCAAUCCUAAACAGAGUUUAUACCCUUCUAAAACCACUGACUUCAAUGGAUUAGAUGGGUGUAACUCUGCUUAUUACUGCAGUGUAAAUCUAUGUAGCCAGUCUUCUCAGUGGAACUGGAAAUAAGGCAUAGAGCAACAGUUCUAUCUGCCGUCUUUCCACUUCAUACACCAGGGGCUAAAGUGAGAUACGGACUCUUAAUAGCAACAACAACAAAAAAGGGUUUAGCUUGAAAACUUGAGGUUGCUUGAGAGAAUACCAAGAACAUGGAGUGAAUUUCACUUACAUCUCUCAUUUUGACUUCCAGAUUUCUAGAAAUGAACUUCAGUUCCCUUAUGUUUUCCAUGUGAGAGUUUUCCCUGGGUCCCAUAGACAAAGUUCUGUUGUCUCCUUGUCAGUGCAGAGACUAAUAUUGUUGUCAAAGAAACUGUGUAAAAUGUAAAGCAGUUGCCCUGGUGCAUUUUGGAAGAAACAGAGGCUAUGUAUCAGCUUUCCUGAGACAUAAUGUUGCAAAGAGAAUGUACCUGCAGUUGUCAUUACAUUUUUUUACACAAGUUUUUUUCCCCUGACAAUAGUAUAAAUCUGCCACAAGAAAAUCAGCUUUCACAGUUGGGAUACUGACUUCAUGAAAGCCAAAGAUGGCGCUUGGGUGCUUGGCUUAAGUUGAUAGCCACGCUGAGAAACAAAGCAUCCACAGUGUCAUUUUUACAGCUGGUUUUUAAAUGAGAAAGGAAAAAAAGUUACCCCUUUGUGCCUCCAUAACAAAACCCACAUUCAGAAUUUUGCUGCUUCCUGUUUUUAGUGGGAAUAGACAUGCUCUCUGUAGGAAUUUUUUUUUUUUUUUGGGGGGGGGGGCGCGGGUUUGGGGUUUUUUAAAAUCGGAAAUAUUGGGUGGUUCUGGAGCAGAAUGUCGGCAUCCAGAACAUCACUAUUAAACCCUGUUUACUGCACUGUGGAAUGGUACGACUCUAUUAACCCUGCUUCUGUUAUGAAUCAGGGAACAAUUAUCCUGUUUUGGACUUCACACCAUACCUCCUGCUCUCCCCUUUGGUGAAAACAAAAACAGGCCUGUUUUUAGAGAAACAAAACUCUGAAAUUUCUAAGAAAAAACAGUGUUCCGUUUUAUUUUUUGCUUUCAUCUAUAUGAAGAGCCUAAAAAAAAGUAGGAAUUUUGUAAAACUCCAAGUCUCUUUAACUUGUGUAAAUAUAUAUAUUUUUUAACCAGAUGUAUGAAGAACAAAAGAAAGAUGUGCAAUAUCCCCAACCCGCUACAAUAUUCUUCUCUUUCUAACAAGCUUUCAUUUGUAUAUUGUUAUUGGACUUGCUGGUGUCUUUUUCCCCCUUUUUUUCUUUGGUGGGGUUAAACUCGCUUUUAAAUGAAAGAAAAACCUCUUACUGCAAAAGCUUUUUUGUAUCUGUAAUAUAUUGUAAGUACAUAUUUGUGUAAUGGAGAUUAUACUACUGUUAAGUUUUGUACUGUACUGGCUGAAGGUCUGUUAUAAAUAAACAUGAGUAAUUUAACAGUC